AAAAAAACCAAAAAAAAGAUGUUAUUAGAGGGUAAAACAGUAAAUAUCUAUAUUUUCAGAGACCAACAACCGGUUAACUGAGAAAAAAGGAAAAAGAAAAAAAAAAAAGAAAACCCUAACAAAUUCGAACUGCGAAUUUUUAACGAACUCCGGCGAUGGCGUACAAAUCAGUAUUCGACGCUUCCGCCAUUAAAUCGGAAUUCGAGAGCGCGGGCCUAAACCCUAAUUUCGUGCCCGUAAUCUGGAAGCACAUCUUGAAGAACCCUAAUUGUCGCCGAUGGGACGAAAUCCCGUCUUUGCCCUCAGCAGCUUACUCUCUCCUCGAAUCCAAGUUCAAAAUCUGCACUUCCACUCUCCACUCCGCCGUGAAUUCCUCCGACCAGGUCACCACCAAGCUCAUCAUCAAAUUGAAGAAUGGAGAAUUUGUUGAGGCUGUGAUAAUGCGAUAUGAUUCGCGAUUGGGUAUAUGUGACGGAAAGCCUCGUUCCGGUGGUCCGAGGUCAACUUUGUGCGUAUCUUCUCAGGUCGGGUGCAAAAUGGGUUGCAAUUUCUGUGCAACGGGAACCAUGGGAUUCAAGAACCACCUUUCAACCGGAGAAAUUGUCGAACAAUUAGUACAUGCUUCUCGGAUAUCUGUUAUUCGGAAUAUUGUUUUUAUGGGAAUGGGAGAGCCACUGAAUAACUACUCUAACGUGGUGGAAGCGAUAAGAGUUAUGACAGCUCCUCCAUUUCAGCUGUCACCGAGGAAAAUUACUCUCUCGACGGUCGGCAUAAUCCAUGCCAUUAGCAAGCUGCACAAAGACUUACCAGGAAUUAAUCUAGCAGUUUCGUUGCACGCACCGUUACAAGAAAUCCGCUGUCAAAUAAUGCCAGCUGCUAGGGCGUUCCCUUUGGAAAAAUUAAUGAAUACUUUGCGAGAAUAUCAAACUAACAGUCAGCAGAAAAUAUUUAUUGAGUAUAUAAUGCUCGAUGGAGUGAACGACGAAGAGCAGCACGCCCACCAGCUCGGAAAAUUGCUGGAGAAUUUGGAAUCUGUUAUAAAUUUGAUUCCUUUUAAUCCGAUUGGUUCUUUGAGUUCCUACAAAACUAGCAUUGAUAUGAAAGUCACGAAAUUCCAGAAGAUUCUAAGAGGCACUUACAACAUCCGAACAACAGUUCGGAAGCAAAUGGGCCAAGAUAUAAGUGGUGCAUGCGGUCAACUAGUGGUCAAUCUUGCGGAUAAGAUAUCGUUGAACAGUGCAAAUCUCUUGCCCGACAUUGAAGAUCUCCGUAUUUGAUAUCUCAGGUUAUACGUGCACACCGUUUUAUUAGGUCAUAAAACAAUGUAUCAUUUUUUUUAAGUGUUUUCAAAAUCCGUUUUGGCUUGCGGUAUUCGAUUUUGCUCUAAUUUGGUGUGCUUGAAAUUAUAAAUUAUAUAGGAUUGCAGAAGAGCGAAAUGGAGUUUGUCAUUUUUUACGAGAGUCUGCAUAAAAACACGACAAUGGAUAAAUUAUAUCGAUGCCAUUGAAUUGUGGACUAGAAUCUUCGACGUUUAAAUUCCCAAGUUAACGAGGAAAAUAUGUCAAGUAGCCUUUUGCUAGGUCAUAAUGCAUUUUGACCUAAUUUUGUAACAUCAGCUGUUUUAUGGAUUGUGCUAAGAAAAUUUGCUCUGUUCUUCCAAGUUGUUUUGAUAGAUGCAUAGAUUUGAAGUGAAGUUUAAUUUGAUAGACAAUAGCAGUUCCCCUGUUCGAACUUUGUGCACAUGACCCCCUUGUACUUUCAAUAUAUCAGACGACCCCCUUGUAUUUUCAUACAAGCAUUUAACCCGUUUGUAUUUUAAAAAUAUUCUUCUUCCUAUUUAGCAUGAUUAU